AUGGCCGAAGUCGGAGCAUCUUACCAACCAGCCUUGACCAAGGAGCGCGAAGAGGAGCUGAAAAGCAUCGCUGCCCAGAUCUUAACUCCAGGCAAGGGAAUCUUGGCCGCCGAUGAAUCGACUGGUAAGUUUUUUGUAAUUUUUUUGUUGCUUUUGGUUUUUAGGGCGUAAAUAUUGGUAUAGUGGAUAAUUUUAGCUGGUUUGGUGAAUUGUUUUGCUUAAAUUCAGCGACACGUUAUAUUAUCCAUGGCUUUAGGCCAUAUUUCGAUAAGUUUGAGACAAAAUGAAGUUCAAUUUUUAAAUUUUAAGGUUCCAUUGGAAAGCGUUUGGCGUCUAUCAACUUGGAGAACACUGAGGACAACCGUCGUAAGUACCGUCAGCUCCUGUUCACCACUCCCAACCUCAACAACAACAUCAGCGGAGUGAUUAUGUACGAAGAGACCUUCAACCAAGUAAGCUAUAUUCUUUGCUAAUAUAUUUAGCUUACAAUACGGGCCUAGUCACCGCUCCAUACUUACGUUUAAACUAUGAUUCUGUGUCAUUUGUACGGUAUUUACUAUAUUGUAGUAGGCACCUAUUACUACUUUAAGCUUAAGGUCCGUAUUAAGGUAUAGGUAGUGUCAUUUACUGCCUUAGGGGUAGAAAUAGCAAGAAAAAGUUUGUUUACAGUGCGAAAAGAAAUAGAUAAAGAAGCCGGUGUGUUUGAAGGCUUUUUUUGCUUUUUUUCUGAUAAAGGACGUCAAAACGUUUGGUUAUUGAUGUUUUUGUUUGCUUUAAAGUCAAGCAAGCGUUCAAUGUACGUAUAUAAACGUUUAUAGGUAGCUUGUAGUCUUUAAUUGAUGAUAAUAAGUUUUUUGAGUUGUUUUGACAUUUUGUCGGGGUUUGGGAUGAUUUUUUGGCAGUAGGUGUCUAUGAUAAUAUAAUUUUUUAUAUUUUUAUGUAAUUUUUGGCAUUUUUGGUUUUUUAAUGGAAUUUUUGGACCGAAUGAGUAUUUGGUAUACUAAUUUAUUUGUUUUUAGAAAGCUUCCAAUGGAGAACGCUUCGUCGACAUCCUCAAGAAGAACAACAUUGUUCCAGGAAUCAAACUCGACUUGGGUAUUGUCCCCAUCGCCGGAACCGUCGGAGAAGGCGUCACUCAAGGUCUGGACAACCUCCAGAAGCGCGCCGAAGAGUUCAAGAAGGGUGGAGCUCAGUUCGCUAAAUGGCGCAACGUGAUUCACAUUGGCAAGAACAUCCCAUCGAACGUGGCACUCCAAGAGAACGCCUCCGUCCUGGCCCGUUAUGCUUCGAUUUGCCAACAAGCCGGGCUUGUCCCCAUCGUCGAACCGGAAGUGUUGUGCGACGGUGAACACGAUCUGGCCAGAUGCCAGAAAGUUACUGAGAUCACGUUGGCCUACCAAUACAAGGCCUUGGCCGACCACCACAUCUUCUUGGAAGGAACCUUGUUGAAGCCCAACAUGGUCACUCCAGGCCAAGGUCACGCAAACAAGGCCACAGCUGAAGAGAUUGGAUUGGCUACAGUCACUGCCUUGAGAAGAGGUGUUCCAUCGGCCGUUCCCGGUAAGUUUUUUUGAUUUUUUGCUUGAUUUUUAGGUUAGAUAGCAUUGAAAAAGGCAGGAGGGGCUUGAAAAAGCUUGUAUUUGGACCUUUUUGAGCUCAGAAGCCGUGGCACUUGACUUUUUAUGAAGCAAUGAAGCUUCAUUUUGUGUUUUGAAGCUUUUUGUUAGCAAGUAUAAUUUAAUUUUUGACGUUUUGAACUAAAAGCCAAAAGAAAUUUGGCUAAAAUUUUUAUUUUUAGUUUUUUGAGGGCAUGUGUAAUAUACUUUUUGAUGUUAUGGUCAAAGUGUAUUAAAAUAUUUAUUAAAAAUUAAUGAAAAAGGUAGAAAAGGACCUUAAUAACGAUAUUUUAUAGGUAUUGUGUUCCUGUCUGGUGGUCAAUCCGAAAUCGAAGCCACGAAGAACCUCAACGCCAUCAACUCAGUUAGCCUGACCAAACCCUGGACUCUCACCUUCUCGUACGGCCGUGCCCUCCAAGCUUCAGUGUUGAAGGCAUGGGAAGGCAAAGAUGAGAACAUUGAAGCCGCUCAAAAGGUCCUCCUCCACCGUGCCAAGGCCAACGGUGAAGCUCAACUGGGCAAGUACGCUGGAGAAGAAGGAGCCGCAGCAGCUGCCGAAUCCCUUUUCGUCAAGAAUCACGCUUACUAA